UUUUAGUAUCCAAAUUUUCUUAAAAAGGCAAAUAUUUGUAUUUUCAAAUACAUACAUUCUCUUACAUGUAUCUGAAAGUUACUUUUUUGUAAAUUACGUCGUUACAUCACGUACAUGAGUGCAUAAAGAAAUUUUCCAACGUACUCGUUUUACAUCCGGAUGUUUGCUAUUUCAACAUGCCACCGUAAACUUUCCUGGAGAAAGUCAGAGAUACCGCCAACAUUGAUUCAGAUGAUAAACGGAGUAUCUUUAUUUCAUUUACUUUACAUUUCGUGGAAGGUUGAACGCCGGCCUUUCAGUUCCUGUAUCUAAGAUCUCAUCUCUGUGCUGUAUUUCUUCUUCGGUCUCAAAACCAUGACGACGGGAAAGAUAGCCGUGCAAUUAUAUUCUUCAAUUACGCUUAUCACGUUGAUAGCAAUCGUCAGCGUGCUAUCAGCUGUGCCAUCAUCAUCCCAACCGAAUAUAACAACUGUUACAAUGAAUCAUGGUCCAUGGGCAGAGAUUCUCGAAAAUUGGAUCACCCUUCAAUCCAACAAUACUCGUGCCGCACGAGUAAUAAAGAUUGAUGAUAAGACUGUGACAGUGUCGACUAAAAUCGCCGCAUCAAAUAAAAGAGACGUUUCUGAAACUGAUCUUUACCUACUUGGUGCCAUUGAGAAAUUGGUAUACCGAGUGGACCACCUAGAAAAACGAGUAAGAAGAGCAGAAGAAUUGUUAUACUACGUUAUUGCAGGAAACAAUAAAAUGAAAGAACCUUGUCCUGCUAAUUACACGAGAAUGGGCCAAAACUGCUAUCACUUCAGUAAUCGUGAUUUUAAUUGGAAAUCAUCGGCCAGUCUCUGUCGCGGUAUGGGUGGACACUUGGUCGAAUUCAACACAAUCGAAGAGAGCCAAGAUGUAAUCGCGGGUUUGAUGUCGGACGCCAAAUUGAAGGGCAAAAAUUUCUGGACAGGUGGCUUAAAUCCAGGACUUUUAUGGAUCUGGGCGAGCAGUGCUAGACCGGUUCACCAAGAUACUAAACAACCCGUUAUUGGUGAUGGCAGAUGCUUGAAGUUAACUUUCAACGCAUCGUCAAAAAUUUACUCGUACAGAGGUGAAGAUUGCGGCUCGAGGCAAAGAUAUAUCUGCGAAUUGACAGUCGACGAUGAAUCGGCAAACAGGAUUGAAAGAACAGCACGAUUAUUGAUUGAUAAAAAAAAUUAGACGCGUUUUAAUGGCUG